AUGUUGAAUGAAACAUUAUUGGUUAGAUUUGUUUGGUCAGAAUUACCAAAUAUUGGUUUUGGUGCAGAUGCCUCUCUUACUCCUCAAACAAACCCAGUUGCUUUAACAGCUCCUGUUGGACCCAAUGUACAAGGUAUGGAAAUACAUUUAGCAGUUGAAAAGAGAUUUGAUAUUAUUCAAAAUUUACAACAAAAGAUUGCAAGCUCAGAAGGUUUCUCUUUACUUAUUCCUUAUUGUUACACUACAACAUCAUCACUUACAGGUACAAAUCAGCCAUUUGCAAACUCUGCCAUCUACAACAACGACGUGGCUUCAACAAAUUUGGAACAUUUCUAUACCAAUAUUAAUAAUACUAGGAGAAUGCAGCAUGAUUAUUACCCAGGUUUAAAUGAUGAUUAUAAAGCAUUGCGAGACAAAUUGAUAGAUUCAACAAUUCAAACACCAAAUAUUCACAACUAUAAUUGGUGUUGGUUGGAUAGAUUUGAUGAUGGAUCAUUUGGGAAAAUGAAAUUCAACAAACAGACAAUUAUUAAAACAAUCCCAAUUGGUGGUAUCAUUCCUGGUGAUCAUGGAGGGUUGAUGGUUCAAAUUAAUUUGGAUUUUGUUCCAGAUCUUAUUACAUUAAAACUCUAUAGUUUAGAUGGAACACUUCAUAUUGGGGAUGUGUACACAAUUAGAACUUCAUUGAUUAGUGACAACAACCUUUUUCCUUUUCAAAAAUAUCCACCACAAAUUCCAUUCAAGGAGCUUAUUAUUUUGAAUGUGUGGAUCAAAACAACAAUAACAUUUAUGACAUUUACAAGUAUUUAUGAUGACAAGGCAAAUAUAUUGGAAGCAUUUAUUAAAAGUUUACAAGUAAAACCAAAUGAAAAUCGUAGAUCAUUAAUAUUGACCAAUAAUACUGUGGCAGAGAAUUCAUCAUCAAAAAAAGAAGUAGCACCAGAUUAUUUAAUUAUUUUUGAUGAUUUAUCAAAUGAAUUAAAAGAUCCAAGUAUUACCAAACCAAUGAAGAUUCAAAGACACUUUUCAGCCAAGAUUAUUCUUAGUACUCAAGCAUGGAAAGACACUUCAUCACAUAUUCGAAAAGUGGACAAAUCAAUUGAAUCAAAUGAAAUGAAAACAAAUACAAAUACUCCACAAUCGGGUGCAAGUACUAAUAAUGGAAACAGGUGGAACAACAACAGAGAGACAAUCAAUAUUGCACCAACCAAAUCAUUAUUUAUCAAUGAGCCAUCGGUAAAAACAACUCAGAUAUCACCAUUGGAUUUCUAUGAAUAUUUUACACACUGGAUUCAAUUUAAAUACAAUAUAUCUGGAGGAUCAUUCGUCUAUUCCAUGAAUCAAAUCCACAUUAGUAGCGCUAUUACAAGCGACAAUACCAAAAUCAUUAUUGAAUCUUGUAACAUUCUUUUGUAUCUUGCUGAAAAGUAUGCUAAAUUUAUUCCAAAUGUUACUCAAGGUCGUUUUGAUACUUUAAAUUGGACUUUUUGGCAAACUAGUGGUCUUGGACCAAACUUUGGUAAUAUGAAUUAUUUCAAUAUAUUUGCAGAGACCAAGGUACCAUUGGCAAUUGAAAGAUUUACAAAUGAAACUCAUAGACUUUUCAAUGUUUUAAACAAGAGAUUGGAUGGUAGAGAUUAUGUUGUUGGUGAUGAAAUGACUAUUGCCGAUUUUGCAAUCUAUCCAUGGGCAAGAAAUGUUGUUAGAGUGCCUGGUUGGAGUGAAGAGUUUCCAAAUGUCAUUAGAUACAUUGCUACGGUUAGAGCUAGACCUGCUGUAAAGGAGUUUGAAGAGUUGGAGGCUGCAUUGCCAAAGAACUUUGAUUUCACUCCUGAACAAAAGGCUUUUUUAGAACGAAACAACCAAACAAAUUGUCAACUACUAUCGACUUUCCAAAGAACAGAGGAUCAAGAAGAUCAACACGAGAAUAAGGAGGGACAACAACAACGAUUAACUUGUUGCUGUUCUGGUCUUCAAUCCAAACUUGUUCCUAUCACUUCUAUUCUCGCAUCUUCUUUGACUUGUUCUUAA